GCUUAAAACUAAUCAAACAUGUUAACAGCAAGGCACAGAAGUUCUUUUAAUAAAAAUUUGGCCCCACUAUCAGGAAUAGAAAUCAUAUAAUUAUUCAAAAAGCCCCUAAGCCACUAAGUAAAUAAAGUGAAAUUCUGCUACGACUGAUGCUUUCGAGAGGAAUCUCUAAAUUCGACAUCUCCAAUCGAAUAUGUGAUCUGGCCGUGGGACAUUGUCUAUAAACACCUCCGCCGCCGCAUUUUGUCGUGUCGUUUGUGUUAUUAUUAAUUUUGUUAUCUCAAGCCCUGUUUGUGAUUAUUGUUGUUGUUGUUUUUGAUUUUCAGUUAAUUUGAACCUGAUAUAUGCUUAUAUAUAAACAGGUUGUUCAUUUACUUUGUUUUGAUUAAAGUAAAAAAAUAAUCGCUAAACGAAUAAUUCAUUAGUACAUUAUUUGCAAACAUCUCUUCGAGAUUGAUAAGUUUGGUGAUUCUUUUUGAUUAAAAAUUAUUUUUUUUUUGUUUGGAUUGACAUCACUGCCAUUUUAUAUAAUAAUUGAUUGUAACAUGACUUGGUAUCUUCUUUUGGUAUCUUUAACGUUCCUUGGACUUUCAAACGCAGUCGUAACGAAACGCUCUAAUCGUAAUCAAAAUUUUCAACAUUAUGAAAUUCAAACGUUUGGAAUAUCAAGUCCUGUAGGCAAUAUUAUUGAUGCUAUUUCUGCUCCUCUGAAUAUCUUAGCCGAUCGUUUGACCAGGCAACCCGGUGGGGGUCAACAAUUUAAUCCUGGUUUUGUUACACCGCAACGCAAGGGUCCUCCUGGACACUUUGGACCUCCUGGACAUCAUCACCACAACCAAGGGCCUCAUGGACAGCAACAAAACAACCCCUUUCAUUAUCCACCACCACCACAACCACAGCAACAACAAAACCAACAACUUCCUCCGUAUUUGACAAAUUUACCUUCUCGGGAACAGUUUAACAGUGAGCCUUUUAAAACAAAUCCAAAGAAUCCAUUUUUAAAUCAAGAUACAACUUUGAAUUCAGGACCAGGUACACAAUUUCCUCAAGGUCAAUUUCCUCAAAAUCCAAACUUCUUUCCAUUCGGUCAGAACUAUCCAAAACCAGGAUUUGCAAAUAAUGCAGGAAAUACCAAUGGGAAUACAAACAACAAUAAUCGCGAUAACCCUGGAUGUUUUGGGGGAUUCUGUCGACCCUCACAAUCACAGCGACCAAAUCAAUUUGGAAAUAAUGGUUUCGGUGGUAAUAACUUUGGGGUGUCUCCAAAUAGCGCUCAGAAUCAAAACGACUUCGGAACACCAAACAUGCCUUCGCAGGAAAAUGGGUUAGUACAAUCAACAUUUGGAGGUUUUGGAACCACCGGCGGAAGCCAAAGGCCUCAAUUACAACCAGGAAAUCAAUUUGGAAAUGGAGGUUUUAAUAACAAUAACUUUGGUGUACCACCAAAUAUGCCGCAAACUAAUAACAAUUUUGGAACACCGAACAGGCCAACGCAAGAAAAUGGUUUAGUACAAUCAACAUUCGGUGGUUUUGGAACCGAUGGAAGUCAAAGACCACAAUCACAACCAGAAAAUCAAUUUGGAAAUGGCGGUUUUAAUAACAAUAACAAUAACUUUGGCGAUUCAACAAAUAGGCCUCAAAGUAAUAACGGCUUUGGCACACCGAACGCGCCAUCGCAAGAUAGUGGCUUGAUUCAAACAACAUUUGGAGGUUUUGGACCGAAUGACAACCAAACACCUCAAUCGAAUAACGCUCCUGCCACACAAAACGUAACACCUGGCAAUGAUGAUCUCAUAGGUUCAAUCUUUGGUAAGCAGCCAGACGCCGGAUCAAGCACACAAACUCAAACACAACCUCAGUCUAAUUCAAAUGAUACUGGAGACUUGAUAAGCACUGUCUUUGCUGGCUUCCCUGUUAACCCUCAACCAAAUACCCAACCUCAAACACAACCUCAGUUCAAUACAAAUGAUUCCGGGAAUUUGAUAAGCACUGUAUUUGCUGGCUUUCCUGUAGGCCCUCAAACAAAUAAUCAACCUCAAACCCAACCCCAGCCUAAUUCAAAUGAUUCAGGCGAUUUGAUAAGCGGUAUAUUUGCUGGCUUCCCUGCUAAUCCUCAAACAAAUAACAAUGGCAAUGCAGCGUCACAAAUCUCAACUCCCUCUGAUGGAAACGAUUUGAUUCAGGGUGUUUUUCCAGGAUUUGGAACUUCAGCAACACCUUUAAAUACAGGAAACAAUUUACAAACAUCAACUGAAAUGAGUGCCGAUGCGAAAACUAACAAUGAUUUGAUAGAAUCAAUAUUUAGCGGUACAAACAAUAACAAUGGACAAAAUGUCCCUGAUACGGGUAAUUUUGCAACCAGUACUGUUCCACCAUCAACUACAAACAGCAAUGGGUUAAUUUAUGACAUUGAUGUUAGAAUUUCUGAAUAAAAUUUUCUAAAAUAAAUAAAUAAUAGAAGAUACUA